CCACGAUGGACUAUGACCACACUCGAGACAUUCUGGGCCAACUGCCCCUACUGAAAUCUUACUCCCAUCUGCUCUUGAUCUUCCCCCUUUCACGCGAUGUCUCACGCCCGGAGAUCGUGACAGCCCUGGAGACAGCCAUCCACCAGCUCAUCGCCGCAUUUCCCUUUCUCGGCGGCAAAGUCGUUCGGGAAGGCCAGACCUCGUCCAACUCCGGCGUGUUCGUCGUGCGUCCACACGCGACCUGGCAAGCACCAGACUAUCGAUUCCUCCGAGAGAGGGACUGCACGAACGAGAUUGCCUCGUUUGCGGAGUUGUAUACCCGGGGGGGUCCGACCAGCCACAUUCCGGGGGAGGUACUGGCGCCUCCCCGUCCGGCCUUUCCGCAGCCCUAUACCGACGAGGAUCCCGCGACACACCCGGCCCCGGUGCUGGACUUCCAGCUGAAUUGGAUCGAAGGGGGCUGGAUCCUGGGGCUGGCCGCCCAGCACAACAUCAUCGAUGGCAACGGGAUGUUCCAGAUCAUCAACCUGCUUUCGUACAGUCUUCGCAAGGAGCCGUUCCCCGCGCAGGCCCUCCGCGAGGGGAACAUCGACCGCCGCACCCUGAUUCCGCUGCUGACCGACGAGGGAGACAUGGAGGACGACCACAGCGAACUGAAACCUGCCAUGGUGCCGGGACUGGCGUCGGGGCCCAUGCCACCGGAGAUGCAGGCCUACCUGGCCACCUUCCGAUGGGGAAAUGUGCGGUUCAGCCGGGCAGCCAUGGCCACCAUCUACCAGAAGGCCUCUCCACCCCCGGGGGAGGCAGCAGAACCGGAGAAGAUCACCCCCAACGAUGCGCUGACGGCUUUCCUCUGGCAACGGCUCAUCAUCCGGCGUCUCCCUCACCUGCCCCCGGGCCUGCAAUCGUCGACCUCCAAGAUCACGCGCGCCCUGGACCUCCGUCGCACCAUCGACCUCUCCCCCUACUAUAUGGGCCACAUGGUGCGCACCGCCAAUUUGCGGCUUCCAUUGACGGCCGUGGCAUCGCUGCCGCUCUAUGAGCUGGCCGUGAAGCUGCGCAAGCACGUCCAAUCACUGCACACGCGGCAGGCCACGCGCAGCUACGCGACCUUUCUAGCCCGCGAGGAGGAUAAGAGUAAGGUGGCGUAUGGGGGCGCCUUCCACCCGAGGACGGAUUUCGCGUGCUCGAGUAUGGCUCACACCACGGUGCCGAUGUUUGGGCCCCUGGGGAAGCCGUCGAUGAUUCGCAGACCGACCUUUGCGACCCCGUUGCCGUGUGCAUGCUACAUCGCGCCGGUGAUCGACGAGGCGGAUGAGGAGGGGGGGUGGGAGGCAUUGAUGUGUCUGAGCGAGCGGGAUUGGGAGUUGGUGGGGGGAGAUGAGGAGUGGACGGAGGUGGUGCGUUAUAUUGGGUGA